AUGCCAGAACCGGGAUAUCUGAUCAAGAACGGCCGGGUCCUGACGUGGGAUCAGGACCGGAAAUCCUCGUUCCCCCGGCUCGACAUCCUCGUCGAAGGAGGCCUGAUCACCAAGAUUGGUCCAAAUAUCAACGUCGAAGCCAAAGAUGCGGCGUCUGUCCCAGUCAUCGACGCCACCGACUGCAUCGUGAUGCCCGGCUUUGUCGACGCCCACCGACAUGUCUUCCAGGCCCAGCUGCGGUCGACGGUCGGCAACCACACCCUGCUCGAGUACUGCGCGCACCUCCUGCAAGGGCGCAUGACGUUUCUGGGACCCGAGGACAUGUACCUGUCGCAGCUGUCGGGGGCCAGCGAGGCGCUCUUCUGCGGCGUGACGACCGUCAUGGACCAUUCGCACGUCGUGGUCACUCCAGACCACGCGAGACGCUGCAUCCAGGCCACCAUCGAGUCCGGGAUCCGGAGCGUGUACUGCGCAUCGCCGUUUGCGAUCCCGACGUCGCUCAACCCGAUGAAGCUGCCGGACAUGUCGGUGCACCACGCGAAGCAGAUCGAGCUGUUCAAGACGCUGUGGCUCCAGCAGCCGUUAGGCGGGCCGGGCAACGACGGCCGGGUCACGCUGGGGCUGGGCUUCGACACGAUGCACUGGAUCCCCGAGGCCGAGGCGCGCGAGAUCCUCACCUUCACACGGGACCAUGCUGUCCCCGUGACGUGCCACGACGUGCCGCGCUACAACUUCCCCUCACUGGCAUUCCUGCGCGACAAGGCCAUGCCGCUGCCACCGCAGAUGACCUUGUCGCACACGUGCGAGCCGUCAGCAGGGGAUGUUGAGUUCGUGCGUGCCAACCAGAUCGGGAUCGUCAGCACGCCCGAGUCCGAGAUGGCCAUGUCGCACGGCAUCCCGUCGGCGUUCGACUUCUACCGCAGCCCAGGCUGUCGCAUCGGGCUCGGUAUCGACUCGCCAGCCAUCUGCUCGGGGGAUCCGUUCUUCGCGAUGCGCCUGGCCCUGCAGCAGGAGCGCAUGCGGGCCAACGCCGCCUUCCACGCCCGCGGCAAGCUGCCGGACAUGAUCCCCGCGCGCACCGACGCCGUGCUGUACAUGGCGACGCUGGGCGGCGCGGCGGCGAUGCACAUGGAGGACAAGAUCGGCAGUCUCGAGGUCGGCAAGUGCGCCGACAUUGUGCUCGUGCGCACCGACGCGCCCUCGAUGGUCGGCAGCGUGGACUUCUCGACCGCGCUGGUCACGCACGCCGCGGCUGCUGACGUCGAUACCGUCAUGGUCAACGGCGAGAUCGUCAAGCGUGCGGGCAAACUCGUCAAGGUCGACUGGGACGACUUGAAGGUCAAGCUGGCCCGCAACCGCGAGGCGCUCGAGGAGAAGUUCCACGCGGUCGAUUGGGAGUGGAACAAGAAUGACCUCAAGGAUCUGUGGGGGGUGCGCGGUGUUUUAGAGUAG